AUGUCGCCACGAGAGAGCAACGCCACCUCUGCGCGGCGACGGCCCUCGUUGUCAUUUCUUUCACGCCCACGCACCGCAGGUCAUUCCGCUCCGAUGACAAAGGAGCUCGCUUUGGAUACUUGGGACGAGCCAUAUAUGACGGAGGCAUGCCAGGAUGACCAUGCACCAGUCGUGGAAGAGAUGGAUCCGUUCCCGAACGCGGCGCCGCGACGCCGGGGUGCUAAGAGCUUCUCGAGUCUGAAGCAUCCGGUGGAUGGCUUGGUAGCUCUUGGCCGCCGUUUGUCUGUUAGUCUUCGCCACAAGCCUUCAAAGCAAACCAUCCCUGUUACCGAGAACAUCCAGGGGUUUGACAGCGAUGAAGACACACUCUAUCACGUUCCGAACCUUGCAAACCACAAGCGCAUGGCCUCCGGUAGCUGGGAUGCCCGAUCAAUGAAAACAGAAUGGUCUCGAGGUUAUAGUGUCAAUCGACGCCCCUCUUUGAACAGCGUGUCUGCUCUGCAUGGCUUCUAUGCCCCCACCGCUUCGGUUGCCACUCCCAUUCCUGGUCAUGGACAGGCACCUCCGGUUUUGCCGAAUGACAAGCUUGCGGGUGCGGCAGCGCGCGCCGCGGCCGCUGCCCAGAAUGAAGAAAUCGAAGUCGCAAGAAUGGCCAAGGCGGAAUUUGAGAACAAGCGAUUCGAUUCGCUGGUGCCAAGGGAUUCGGAAAGCGGCAUCUGUAUCGACAUGCGCGAUCAACCAGACGUAUCGACUGCCAACAUCGUAGGCGUUACGCGACUUGAUCCCAUAACUCUGCUUCCGGCUGAGAUCUCAGCACACAUUCUUUCUUACUUGGAUCCUGACUCUCUCAUGAACGCCGAGCUCGUCUCCCGGACUUGGUCCCAAGCCUCCUCUUCCCAUGUUUGGAGGCAGGUCUUCCGCAACGCAUAUGGCCGACGACCGGCAAGUGAGACAGCCUCCAAGGUGAAGCAGUCAUCUGGCUUGGGAAGGUCAAUCCCUAACCAAGAUUGGAAGAAGAAAUACCUUGUCCGGCAUGCUCUCGAUCAGCGUUGGAAGAAUGGCAAGGCUGCAGCCAUCUAUUUACAGGGCCAUGAGGACAGCGUCUAUUGUUCUCAGUUUGAUGAGAAUAAAAUUAUCACCGGCUCUCGUGAUCGGACGAUUCGUGUGUGGGACGCCCACUAUCCGUGGGCAUGCCAGAAGAUCAUUGGACCGCCCGCGGCCCGGACUUUCCGCCGUGGUCCUGUGAACAGUCCGACCUCACAGGCCACGGGAAGUGCUCCCUUCAUGACCAUCACCCCACCAUGGCCCACACCGGAUGAGACGGAUGAAAUCUCGGCGCCCCUGGAAGAAGAAUCGAUUUACCACAGCGCCUCGAUCCUGUGUCUGCAGUUUGACGAAGAGAUCAUGGUCACAGGGUCCUCCGACUUCACCUGCAUCGUAUAUGACAUCAAGGAUGAAUACCGGCCGCUUCGCCGUCUUGAGGGUCACAAUGCCGGUGUGCUUGAUGUGUGCUUCGAUGAUCGAUACAUCGUCUCAUGCUCCAAGGACACCACCAUCUGUGUAUGGGAUCGUAACACCGGUAAGCUGUUGAGGCAGCUCAAUGGCCACGAAGGCCCCGUGAAUGCUGUGCAACUACGCGGUGAUCUCAUUGUGUCAGCCAGUGGUGACGGUGUUGCUAAAAUGUGGAAUGUGGUUUCAGGUCGCUGUGUCAAGGAAUUCACCAGCAAAGACCGUGGCCUUGCAUGUGUCGAAUUCAGCGACGAUGGCCGGACCAUCCUCACUGGCGGCAAUGACCGUAUAAUCUACCAAUUCGAUGCCAACACGGGCGAGCUAGUCAACGAGCUCCGUGGACACACGGGUUUGAUCCGCUCUCUGCACCUGGACAGUGCCAACAGACGCAUCGUCAGCGGCAGUUAUGAUAUGAGCGUCAAGGUGUUCGACCGUGACACUGGUAAUCUAUCAAUCAACUUCCCUGGCUGGACCACAAGCUGGAUGUUGAGCGUACAGUCCGAUUACAGACGCAUUGUUGCGACAAGCCAGGACUCCCGGGCUGUCAUCAUAGACUUUGGAUAUGGUCUAGAAGGGAUCGACCUGUUGGAGGAGUGA